AUGGAACAUGACGAAAUUUCAGGAGGUGAGGAAUUAACCAAGAAGGAAAAUGCUGAAGCAUUUAAUCCACACAUAAGGAGCCUGACAGAGUACAAGGUCUGCAAGGGAGCCCAAGCAGUUGAUGCUUCAACACAAACUGAGGUAACAAGUGUGAGGAGAAACAAGGCCCCAGAAACUUGUACAAGAGGUGUUUCAACUAAUGAUGGUUCGCUAGACCUUGAAUGCAAUGAGAAUCAUGAGAACCAUAUUCCACAAGCUAAGGAUAACUCCGAGCUGUGUAGGGAUGAGAUAUCCCCACCUCCAUCUUCUUCGAGCACUUCUUCUUCUGGUGGAAAGGCAGAGACUUUGGAGUCUCUGAUCAGGGCUGAUGCUAAUAAGAUCAAUAGCUUCAGGAUAAUUGAAGAGGAAGAUAUCCGUAUGCCCUCCACUAUGAAAGUGAAGCCUGCAAAUAUGUGGAUACAAUUGAUCUCCAGUGGGUCUAUCUCAGUGAAAGAUCACCAUUUUGGCCUCGUUCCUACCUACAGACAUAGUUUUUCUCAUUCAAAAUUUCCCUCACCGUUGUUUUCUAAUACAAUGAUGUUGGGAGAGCUUGACUAUCUAUCAAAGAAUCCAAGAUCGAUGGGUCUGAGAUUGGAAGACAAAGAGUAUUUCAGUGGAAGCUUGAUUGAGACUAACACCUUCAGGGAAGAAGGAGAUGGGCCGAUUGUUCUCAAAAGGUCUUCAUCAUACAAUGCCGACAGGUAA